CAAAAUCGUCAGUUUGACUGCUUUAAGUUUUAUGAAUACACAACAGUUUGUACAGUAACAGCCUUGUUAGAAUCGUUCAACUUGAUGUGUGUUUGACAGAAGAAUAAGAUCAUUAUUAUUUUGUUGUAUUUUUUUCAGGGCAAGUGUUUUUAAGAAAAAUAUUGAGUCCUAUUUAUGUCAGGUUAUACACAAUAAAACAUGGGCUUUCACUCUGCAUUCAUUUCACUGAUUCUGCUGAUGAACGUUGAAGACAUUCUAACAUCGGAGCCCAUACAUGUGAUCUGCGAAACCAAGAACAUUUGUGCCGUGAGUGAGACCGAUGUGAAACUGAUGUGCUCUUACACAAACAUCAGCAUUAAAAUGGGGUUCUGGUUCAGCCAGAAACAGAGUCAAAAAUGGAGAGAAAAGAAUGAACCUGAAGAUUUGACUUUAGAUUCAGACUACUUAGGACGAGUGAAGCAGAGGAUCACUACACGUCAAUCAGAUCUCACAAUAAGAGAUGUCAGUGAGGGAGACUCUGGAGAAUAUCAGCUCAUGUUUAUUAUGAAUGAUGGAACUAAACAAAUCAGCUUAGUCACAGUCAAUCUAACAGUCACAGAUAACGACAGGAAAGAUGAUGUUGAAAGUUCAGAAAAGAGGAUGAGAACACAGAUCACUAUAGCGAUGCUGUCUAUGUUACUGAUUCUUGCUGUCAUAGGAGUCCUGACGUACAGAUUCCUGAGGAGGAGAAAACGUAAUUCAUCUCAACGUGACAACACCGAGGUUCAGCCUCGGCCGACUACUUCGGGUAAUGCUGCACCUCAGUCCACAGUGUCUGACUUCACACAUCAGCCUGACUCAGAGGAGCAAAACCUUCAUUAUUCAAGUGUUAGUUUCAAGCAGUCUAACAAGAGCACAUCCUCUGCCCAUACUGUUGUAUAUUCAUCAGCGGAAGAUGUUCACUAUGCCACUGUGAAGGUAAAAUGAACGUAGAAUAAAGUCCUUGUUUUGGGGGACUUUCAACAGGCAACUGCAACUAUUACAUCAGUUGCUGUAUUUUCCUUUUUCAAAUAGGAGAAGUUUGUAGUGUAUGUAGCUUGAUUUAUGGUCUGGCAUAUGAUUAAAAAUGCUUUUGAUCAAAACAAUGUAAAUGGUCAUGUUUGCUCUUUGUAAAAUGAGAUAUGAUGCAUGAGUUGUGAAAAGUUAGAUUUUUCUUAUAAACAGAAAAAGGAACAGUAAUUAUAUAUCAAAAUGUUUAUGACACACUGCCAAUUUCCCAACACAGUCUCACAGCAUAAAAUGUAACUAUUUUAUAA